AAGGUACUGACCCCAUGGGUCUACGAUCUUGGACUGGGAACCUUCAAUCUUGCUCUUGAUGUCUUCUUCAGAGAAAUCUAUCCGAGAAACACUUUCAGAAUUCCUAAAAAGGGCCCGGUCAUCAUUGUUGGCGCACCUCAUGCCAACCAAUUUGCUGACUCCAUCAUUCUUAUGCGUCUGUUGAAGCAACAUGUCGGGCGUCGCAUGUCUUUUUUGGUGGCUGAGAAGUCGAUGAAGGAGCCCUACAUCGGUGCCAUGGCCGGCAAGAUGGGUUCUCUGCCAGUAACUAGAGCUAUGGAUCACGUCAAGCCUGGUCAAGGAUACAUCUGCCUUCCGGAUCCGGAGAACGAUCCAACCCUGGUCCGCGGUGUGGGCACCAACUUCCUCAAUGGUCAGUACAUGCACGGUGGCAGCAUCAUCAUGCCCAAGCGUCCUGGUUCGAAAGCAGCACCCGAGAGUCAGUACAUCGAGGAGGUUCUGGGUCCUAGAGAGUUCCGUCUGCGCGAGCCAUUCAAGACCGAGGACGCACUGCUCCAGCUCACUGGUACGAGCAAAGCUCCUGACGGCAGUAAGAUCAAGGGCACCAAGUUCAAGGUCGCUCCCCACAUCGACCAGAAUCGUAUGUUUGAUGCUGUCUACCGUGAGCUUUCAAAGGGUGCCUGUGUUGGAAUCUUCCCUGAAGGUGGAUCUCACGACAGAAGCGACUUGCUGCCGUUGAAAGCCGGCGUUGCCAUCAUGGCUCUGGGAUGUCUGGCUCGCGACCCAGAUUGUGGCCUUACCAUUAUUCCUGCUGGCAUGAAUUACUUUCACGCACACAAGUUCCGAUCCCGAGCUGUUAUUGAGUUCGGUAAUCCCAUCGAUGUACACCCAGAUCAAGUCAAAGCAUUCAAGGCUGGAGGUGCCGAAAAGCGCGAUGCCAUCGGAUCAUUGUUGGAGACUAUCUACGAGGGUCUAGCAGCAGUAACACAGCCAAGUCCGGAUCACGAAACUUUGCAACUCAUCCAGGCUACUCGUCGUCUUUACAACCCUCCUGGUCGCAAACUUCCUCUUCCCGUGGUCAUUGAGUUCAACAGACGUCUGCUCAAAGGAUACACUAAGUAUCAGGAUGAUCCACGUGUAGGAAAACUGAAGAAGGCAGUUGUCGAUUACAACCGUCAUCUGCGCGCACUGGGCAUCAAGGAUCACCAGGUUGAGUGGGGUGAUGCUUCUGCACGCCCUUGGUGGUGGUGCUUGGCUACAUUGCUCUACCGUCUGGGCGAAUUGCUGCUUCUGGCUCUGGGUACACUGCCCGGUAUCCUGAUGUUCUGGCCCGUCUUCGUGACUUCGAAGAUGAUCUCCAUCAAGAAGCAGAAGAAGGCGCUUGCCGGCUCGGUCGUCAAACUCCAGGGACACGACGUUAUGGCAACCUGGAAGAUUCUAGUCGCGAUGGCUUUGGCACCUGCGCUGUACAUCUACUACACCGCGCUUGUGAGCUCCUGGCUCUACUACAACCGCAUCGGCGGACAGUACACCUAUUCAUUGCCCUGGUAUCUGCGUGCGAACACCUACAUCCCCGACUUUGUCUCUCUCUGGCAAUUCUCCAUCUUCUUCUUCGCACUCAUGGUCUCCGUCUCCUUGGCCGCCCUCCGCAUCGGCGAGAUCGGCAUGGACAUUCUCAAAUCCCUGCCUCCUCUCUUCGUGGCUCUGAACCCAGCCUCAUCAGCCUCCCUCACCAAACUUCGCGCCCACCGCAACGCCCUCGCAAAGCAAGUACGCGAGACUACCGACGCCAUUGGACCCGAUGUCUUCCCU